AUGGAGAGCGACGUGGUGGCUCAGUUCACCGAAAUUACCGGCGCCACGCCAGAGCUCGCGACGCAGUACCUGCAGCUUGCCGACUUCCAGAUCGAACAGGCUAUGCAACUCUAUUUUGAGAAUGAGGGUGCACCGCUCACAGCAGAACCCGCCCAGCCGACGCGCCGACCCGCCUUCGAAGAUGAAUCUGGCGUUGUCCACAUAGACUCCGACUCGGAUACCGACACUCCUGCCCAACGGCCCACGCAGCAGCCUGGUAAUGCAUUUUUUGAUGACGACGCGGCGAUGGCCCGUAGACUUCAAGAGGAGAUGUAUGGAGGCAUCAUACCUGGGAACGAUGAUGAUGGAGUCCGGGCGCCUAUGGCACGCACAACAGAAACCUUGGUGGGGCCAGAAGCAGAUUUUGAGGAUGAAAUGCAUGCCAGUAUUCUGAGCCAGAUGCGUGCGCGGGGGCGAGGCGGGCGAGGCGGGCGAGCAGGCCGACCCGGGAUUUUCAACCAGCAGGACACGGCCUCGAUCUGGUCAGGCGAUACCUCCGAAUCUCAUUCAGAAAGAUUAUCGCGGGCCACAGGGGGUGCAUCGGAAACCUCGUCCAAAUCAAACAUGCUAGCUGAGAUGUAUCGGCCCCCGUUCGAGAUUAUGAGUCGGUUGCCUUGGGAUGUUGCACGCCAAGAGGGCCGAGAUAACGAGAAAUGGCUGCUGGUCAACAUCCAAGAUCAAUCCAUUUUCGACUGCCAACUUCUGAACAGAGACUUAUGGAAAGACAAGGGAAUCCAGGAAACAGUGAGGGAACAUUUUAUUUUCAUGCAGUUUUCCAAGGAUGAUCCCACUGCUGCACCAUACCUUCAGUAUUACUUCCAGGGCUCGGAGGUUUCCGAUAAUUACCCACACAUUGCAAUUAUUGAUCCUCGAACUGGGGAGAUGGUGAAGUCUUGGACUGGGCAACCAGUCGUGAAGGCUGCCGACUUUCUCAUGCAGCUUCACGAAUUUCUUGACCGGUACAGCCUCAAUCUCAAUGUGCGCAACCCGGUCGCCAAGCGGAAAUCGGAGAAGCCCGAGAAGACCGUGGAUGCCAUGACGGAAGAGGAAAUGCUAGAAUUGGCUAUGAGGAACAGCCUAGGUGAUGGCGGAGCCUCUGGUCUCAAAGGAGAAGACCCUGAUGACUUGACGCGAAGCACAGGGGACAUCAAGGGCAAAGGGCGUGCCACAGAAGAUGAGGACGAUGCUAUGGUGGACACCGACGCUGAAUCCGAAGCGAAUGCAAAUUCGGCAUUUGCUUCCAUCCCCAGUGACCGGCCACAUAUUGAACCAGCUGCUGAUCCGGCCACCACUACUCGCAUUCAGUUCCGUCACCCUGCAGGUCGUAUCAUCAGGCGGUUCGCGUUGUCAGAUCCCGUGCAAAGGAUCUACGAGUGGUUAAAGAGCGAGCCUCCUUUAGAAGACAAGGCUGGUCUGGAGUUUGACUUGAACUCUAUGGGAACCAACCUAAUAGAUCACCUGUCCUUAACCAUCCAAGAGGCAGGGUUGAAGAAUGGGACUGUGAACAUAGGAUACUUGGAGGAUUGA